UAAAAAAACGUUUUGAUUUUGUAUUGCAAAAACUACAGAUUCAAACCUUGAGAGUAAUAGCAAAAAAAACGGUCAGAAAAUUUUGAUUGAAAACUCACAUUGUGUCUUUGAUUAUUAUUGAUUUAUUGAAGUAAGUAUUUGAUUGAGUGGCCAUUUGAGUGGUCAUGUAUGGCCUUCUGCUGGAGAAUGUGGCCGAGGUGAUUCGGAUGAACUAUGGGCAGUCGCAGUGGGAUGAGAUCAAACAGAGGGCAGAGGUCACGCAGCUACAGUUCGUCAAUCAUCAGGCGUACAGUGAGACAUACAUGCACAGGAUCUGCAAAGCAGCCAGUGAGAUUCUUGACUUGAGUCGGGACGAACUCAUGUACAAGUUCGGAGAGACAUUUGUGCACCAGAUGACUAAGAAGGGCUACAGGGACAUACUCAGGGUGCUGGGUCGGAACGUGCGGGAUUUUGUGAAUGGGCUGGACAAUCUGCACGAAUACCUGAAGUUCAGCUACCCCAAAUUGAAGCCCCCCAGCUUCAUAGUGACCCAGGAGGACUUUGCCGGAAUCACCCUCGAGUACAAGAGCAAACGGAGGGGCUUCACCUACUACGUCAAGGGCCAACUGGAGGCAGUGUGUCGUGAGUUCUACAACACAAAUGUGAUGAUUGACAUCUUGAGUGAAAACAUUGUGAGCGACAUGACAAACAUCUCCUACAGGAUGAAGUUCGACAACACUCUCUCCAACACCUCCGACGACGCCAGACCCCGCAGCAGUCUCAGGAACGACCUCACCAUCAGCAACUCUCUAUUCUUCUAUCUAUUCCCCUUCAACGUGGUCUUCAAUGAGAACAUGGUCAUAGUGGCCGUUGGGAGCAGUCUAAAGACUAUCAUGGACGAUGCCCAGGGCAGGGCCAUAGACGAAGUGUUCACGCUCAAAAAGCCACCCAUCACCUUGACAUACAACAAUGUGAGGAACCAUCUGAACAAUGUGUUUGAGCUAUCUACCAUGGACAAUGUCGGUCCUGACAGAGAGGAGCAGGAGGAGGGCAGCAAUGGGUUGGCUCUGCGGGGUCAGAUGGUGCUGAUGGUGGAGUGGCAGGUCAUCGUCUACCUCGCCAGUCCCAUACUGGCGAAUCUUGAGGAUAUGAAACGAGCUGGUCUGUUCAUCAACGAUCUCUGCAUGCACGACUCCAGUCGGGAACUGGUCCUGGCAGGAACCCAGCAGUCGGUGGAGAUGAAACUGGCACUCAGUCAGGAGGAGCAGAAGGCCAGACAGCUGGAGCAGAAUCUGAAGACCCUGGAUAAGGAGAUGAAGAAGACAGACGACUUACUGUACCAGAUGAUCCCGAAGAGUAUCGCCCAACAGUUGCGCAGAGGAGUCAGCCCAGUCGACACUUGCAAGCUCUACGAGAGUGUGAGCAUAGUGUUUACUGACAUCAAAGGAUUCACAAAGAUCUGCAGUCCUCUGAAGCCAACCGACGUUGUGAAACUCCUGAACACCAUGUACACUCUGUUCGACCGCUUUUCAGAUCAGCACAACAUAUUCAAGGUGGAGACUAUAGGAGAUGCAUACAUGGGGGUGGGAGGGUGUCCGAAUGAGAACCAGGAACACCCUGUGAAUGCCCUGGAGAUGGCACUCCACAUGGUCAUGGCCACCGGCAUGAUCACCACGCCCAACGGAGACAACCUCCAGAUCAGAGCAGGUGUGCACUCCGGUAGUGCAAUUGCGGGCAUAGUGGGGAUGACGAUGCCCCGCUACUGUCUCUUCGGCAAGUCAGUCCAGAUUGCAAACCUCAUGGAGAGCAGUGGAAUGCCAGACAGGGUGCAAGUAUCCGAAGACACGAAGAAAUUGCUGAGCAAGACGACCUACAUAUUUGAAAAGAGACAGGACAAAAUCCAAUUCCUCGAACGCGAGAUGACAACUUACUUCGUGCAGCGUCCGCUCAUGUUGGACGAAAAGAGCAAGAGAGAGUACGCGCAUGUUCAGAAACUGGUCAGAGACACCGAGGCAGACGCCGACUUCACCAUGGCUGCAGACUAAACUAAACACAUCAGCGCCGAUUCCCUAGACAGAAUUCGCGGAUUGGUCUCUGAAAGCAAAUUAAUGGCAACCUGACUACGACCAAAUAAGAAGUCAAUCAAUCACUAACUCACGACUGAAUGAAUCGAAUCACACAAAAGACUUACAAAGUUGAUGACCGACUUUAUUCAUUUGCCCAUCAGUCAAUCACAACUCACAAAACGCAAAAUUUGAAAAGAAAAACACAAUAUAUAAUUACACACAUAUAUAAACAUAGAAUAUUUGUAAGUGCCGGUUUAUUAGCAUCAUGUGUGUCAAUUAGCCUGUGUCGCCAAUUCCAGUUAGCCGGUCUAUUGGCAUGUGUAUCAAUUAGUUUGUGUAGCCAAUGCCAGUUAGCCGGUCUAUUGGCAUGUGUGUUAACUAGCCUUUGUACCCAAUGUCAAAUAGCCGGUCUAUUAGCAUGUGAGUCAAUUAGCCUAUGUAGCCAAUGUCAGUUAGCCGGUCUGUUAGCAUGUGUGUCCGAUGUGAACAAAUGUAGUCGAAUCAAUUGCUUUUUGAAGAGUUUAGUUUUUCAAAUUAGAAGUGUGUUAUAGAAAGUUCACUACCAAAACAUAAAU